CACAGCGGGGUUCUUAGCUUGAGGGAAGAACUGGGCCGCUGCGUAACCCCCAGUCCCCUCAGCUGGCCCCCAUCCAGCCUUCAGCAUUGCUCCCUUCUCUAGCUGGAUAGUGAGAGUCAUCUAAACAUGCUAAAGACAAAACACAAAGUUGUCCUCCUGUGGGCCACUUAAGCUUAAGUAAGAGGCCCAAUCCCUAACCUGGCCAUGAAAUGACCUCUGACUUUGACCUUGGCCACAGACAGGCUCACACACCUGCCGGUCUUGGAGUCUGGCUACAAAAUGACUCUUUAUCCUUAGGACAGUUCAACCCUCCCUCUUUAUAAGGGGAUCCCUAACUGCUGAUCUUCUAUCCAUCAACCUAGAAAGUAUUUAUGUGUCAUCUGCUGUAUGCUGGGCCCUGUGCUGACAGCCAGAGAGAUCAAGAUUUCCUUAUGACCAUUGCCUAAGAACAGGGUGGUGUGCCAGUGCUUUGGAAACACUCGCGUGCUCUAUUUGAGAUCAGAGAAGGCUUUCCAGAGGAGGGGAAAGUAAAGGUGGGUCUUGAAGGAUGUGUAGGAGUUCGCUGAUGGAGAAAGAAGGAGGGAGAGACCUUCUAGACAGUAACACAAGCAGCAGGAACCACUGGUCACUUUCUGUGGACAGAGUAGAUGAGGGCCUCGCCUGAGGCAAGUAUUGGAUCAAAAGAUUCUAGUUUCUGUCCUAGAGUGAGCCCACAGCUUCCUGUAGCAGUGAGGACGGCUGUGGGGCUGGAGUUCGGGAGCUCUGAGUCCCACUAAGGGGGACUGCCCAACUAACGGGAUGCAAGGUCACAGUUGAGCCUUCUGCUCUCCACCCGCCAGCCAACUUGAAGCAAAUCCUGUAUUCAAGGCCUGUCCUAGAAGCUGUGGGUGGCACAAGCGUCCCGUCUGGGCCCGGGAAGCCUGCGCUGCAAGAAGAGAGGGCAGCUGGCCAAAUGUGGCUGCGACGGUUUGUAGGGCUGUGCUCUCUGGGGAGGAGGAGCUGGAGCUGAGGAGAUCGAGGCAUUUCCUGGAGGUGGCAGAACUGAGCUUGAGGGAUGGGUAGGGGUUUCGGAGACUGAGGGGCAGCGUUCCGAGCGGGGGAACAGCCUGAGCAGAAACCCUGAGGAUUAGAGCAGGAAUAGACCCGUCUGGCUGGUGGGAGGCAGGAGAGGGGAGGGUGGGGUGAGGAAGGCUCUCUGGGGCCUGUGGUGGCUGGUCCCUCCCCGACCUGCUCUUUGGGGGGUAGUGACACCCUAGGGGAAGCAGGAGGCCACACACACACACAUACAAACCACACACCCUAUGGGAAGAAGGCACUGAGCCUGGUGGAGAAGGGGCAGGAAGGGCAGGGCGGCGGCAGUCUGUCUCUGUAACUGUGACCUGAGCCUCUGUGUUGCACGACUCUGGGUGAGUGUGGUGAGCGUCCGUUACUAGGGCUCUGUGUGUGUGUCCCCAGGGCUGUGUUGUGUGAGUGGGAUGGGAGUGAGGGUGAGGGGAGGUGUUGCUAGGCAGGGUCUGGCUGCCGCGGAAUCUACGUGGGGUGCAGGGUUCCUGGUGUGCCGGGGGGUGGGCUUCUCCAGAAAGCCAACCUUGGGGCCCCCACCCCUUUCCACACGUAUGUACACACGGCCCCCAGGGGACUCUGGGCUUGCAGGAGGGCUGUUCAGAGCCCCUCUUUCCCCGCUGCUCCCCUUCCUCCUCCCCCAGCCCCCAGGAGAGACUGAGCCAGGCUGCCGGGAGGGGCAACGGGAGCUCCGUCUGGAGCCCACCCCUGCCUUUAGUGUGGGCGCCUGGAAGCCAUUAGGGGCCUGGGUGGCGCCUGCCCUGCCCCUGAGCGACAGGCUUGAGAUUCCUGGAAAGAGCCCACCCCCGCCCCCUCACUGCUGAGCCCCAUGCCAGGCCUGGAAGCUCCCGGAGGCCAAGAGGAUAUGGCAGUGGCCCCCUCCCUGCCACCCUCUCAGUUUAGGGGCUGCAAGAAGGGCCCGGCAGCCGGAUCCUGGCGGACCUCCCCCCCACACCCCAGAACCAGCACAGGGCUGGCACUGGGAUUUCCUGCCUCCUCCCCUCCCCCUCAGGCCCGCACAUUGUUUCUCUUUUCCAAGAGCUUCUUCUCGUGGAGCUGGGCCAGGGAAAGGCGGAGAGGCGGAGUGUGUGUUUGUGUGCGUGUGCAUCUGUCUGUCUUAGGGGUGAGUAUCGGCACGUGUCCGUGUGUACCCAUCGGUGUGUUUUCACGUGCGCGUCUUCGGGUGCCUCCGUGACUCUGUAUCUACAGGGGAGCAUCUCCGUGCAUCCGUACCGUGGUGCGUGCAUAGGGGUCCAUCCCUGAGGAUACGUGCCUUCCCGUGUCGCUCUGUGUCUGCGUUUAAGCGUGUGGGAUUGCACAUGUGUCUGCAGAUGUGUCCGGGUGUGCGAAGAUGUCUGCGAAUGCACAUGGUAUCUAGGCCAGCCACCUCACUGCACACACAGAGAGCCUGUCGGAGGGCACGCAGCCUGCCAGGGAGGUGGUGGUGUAUGGGGAACUGGAAGCUAGGUCCGUAUGGCUGUGUCUGGGUGUGUGACUUUGUGUAGCUGUUAUUGGCAUCGAGACGUACACGUGUGUCUAUAUGAAACUAGGGGUGGUGACGAGGCAUCACCAUGUAGUCAGGUGUCCCCAACCUGGACUGUAAAAAUGCAGAUCCCCAGCCCCACACCUACUGACCAUGAGGCUCUGGCAGGGCGUGGGGGAGGUAAGGCCCAGGAACAGCAUUUUAAGCGAGUAUCUAGGUGAAUCCGAAAAAUCCCUUGAUCAGGAAGCACUGGUCUCCCUCACUCCCACGCCACCCGCAUUCUACAGGCGGAGAAAUGGAGGCCCAAAAAGGGGCAGUGGCUUACACGAGGUUGGUGACAGAGCUGGGCCUUUAGAACCGAUGCCUGGUGACGGUGGACAGACAAUUAACAAACAGCCAACGGACGAGAGAAAUACAGGAGGAUCGCCGGGCAGCACUGACACGCGAGCGGUCACGAACGUAAACUGCUCCACCUGACGGUCCAAGGAAGAAGCGUCCCCCACCCAGUGGCCAGGAGAGCGGUGGGGAGCAGUGGCCAUCAUGCACAGUCGUAUCGCCUCCGCCGGGCGUCCCCCGUGCCGCCCCUGAGUCCGGCCGGAGUUGGGACGCAGGGCCCGCCCGCGCGGCCGCACCAUGAGCCACGGGCCCAGCCCCCGACUGGCCGAGUCCCCGCAGCUGUCCAAGGGCAGCCUCCUGACCAUCCUGGGCAGCCCCUCGCCGGAGCGCAUGGGGCCGGCCGACUCGCUGCCGCCCACGCCGCCCAGCGGCACGCCCUCGCCGGGGCCGCCGCCCGCGCUGUCGCUGCCGCCCGCGCCCGCGCUGCUGGCCGACGGGGACUGGGAGAGCCGCGAGGAGCUGCGGCUGCGGGAGUUGGAGGAGGCGCGCGCGCGGGCGGCGCAGAUGGAGAAGACGAUGCGCUGGUGGUCCGACUGCACCGCCAACUGGCGCGAGAAGUGGAGCAAGGUGCGCGCCGAGCGCAACCGCGCGCGCGAGGAGGUGCGCCAGCUGCGCCAGCGCCUGGACGCGCUCACCAAGGAGCUGGCGGGCGCGCGGCGCGAGCGCCAGGAGGCGCAGGGCGAGUGCGAGGCUCGGGGCCGCGAGCUUGCGCGGCUGCGCGGCGCCCGGGGGAACGCCGACAGGACGCCGGACGGGCCGGAGCCCGAGCGGGAGCAGGAGCCGGUGCGCGACGUCGGGUCGGAAGUGCCCCAGGGCAGCCAGGAACUGGAGCUAGUGGAGAGCCUGCUGAAGAGCAGACCAGAGGAGCCCGAGGGCUGCUGGGAGGCACGCAGCGUGGGGGCCGGGGGCCCACGGGGCAGCUCCGGCCGCCAGGAGCGCAGCCGGCUGCCCUGGGAAGACACAGCCACCAUCGAAGAGGGUGCAUCCAAGUUGACCGCCCUGCGGCUGCGGCUAGAUGAAUCCCAGAAGGUGCUACUCAAGGAGCGAGAGGAUAAACUGGCACUGAGCAGGAACAUUGAGAAGCUGGAAGGGGAGCUCAGCCAGUGGAAGAUCAAGUAUGAGGAGCUGAACAAGACCAAGCAGGAGAUGCUCAAGCAACUCAGCAUCCUGAAGGAGGCCCACCAGGACGAGCUGGGUCGCAUGUCCGAAGACCUGGAGGACGAGCUGGGUGCGCGGUCCAGCAUGGACAGGAAGAUGGCCGAGCUGAGGGGUGAGAUGGAGCGGCUGCAGGCGGAGAACGCAGCCGAGUGGGGUCGCCGUGAGAGGCUGGAGACCGAGAAGCUGGGCCUGGAACGGGAAAACAAGAAGCUGCGGGCGCAGGUCGGGGACCUGGAGGAGGCGCUGGCCCGGCGGCGGAGGCAGACAGCCAGCGCGCUGGACUGUGACCUGCGGGCCAGCCAGGCUGCGCUUUUCGAGAAGAACAAGGAGCUGGCAGACCUGAAGCACGUGCACGGCAAGCUGAAGAAACAGUUCCAGGAGAAGGUGGCAGAGCUGGCACACGCCAACCGGCGGGUGGAACAGCACGAGGCAGAGGUGAAGAAGCUGCGGCUGCGGGUGGAGGAGCUCAAGAAGGAGCUGGCCCAGGCCGAGGACGAGCUGGACGAGGCCCACAACCAGGCACGGAAGCUGCAGCGGUCGCUGGACGAGCAGACGGAGCAGAGCGAGAACCUACAAGUGCAGCUGGAACAUCUGCAGUCCAGGCUCCGAAGGCAGCAGCAGAACGCCCCCCUCUUCGGGAAGAUCCGAAGCGCUCGCUUCGGCACUGAGGAAGCCGGGGACGGAGCCAGCGACCUGGAUGAGGAUGAGGACCUGCAGAUCCAGGUGGCCUAGAGCUCCCAGGGCCGGACAGGACUGGCCCGUGGCCACAGGCCCCUGGGUGCCUAGGCGGACCGGCCGCUCGGACUGGUGCAGCCACCCGUGUUCCCCGCCACGGCUGACUUCCUCCUCUCCCAGGGUGGGGGUCGACCGUCCCACCCUAGCAACACCUCUUGGAAGGGAAGCCAUCGCCUGUGUUUUAUACAUGUAUAUUUUAUGUAUGUGCGCGGGGUCCUUGGACCCAUCUGAUGUUAUAAAAACAGGACCGCUCCCGGGCCCGGUCUCCACACCCCCAUCCACCCAGGACCUUCAUGCAGGGGCGAGGGGGAUGGCGAGGGGGACUGUUGGGGCCUCGACCCAGGCUGUGUCUUUGAAGCUUGGGGGUCAGGUGGAGCUGUUUAUAGUACAAUGUGAUAAACUCAGCCUUUUGUAAUAAACCGAGUUUGGGUUCUCAGGGCAGAGUCCUGAGAGUGUGGCAGAUGUGGGCAGCUGGUGUAGGGGACAGCACCAGCCUGCACCUGACACCUAGCCCGAGCUCAGGAAUGUCAAGUUACGUAACGAAUGACUGAAUAUGCAAAAGAACGAAUGAAUGAACAUCUGAGCUGCUAAAUGGUCGGGAAUCCGGCUCCCAUGAGGGGAAGGAAGAGGUACAGUGUGUGUCUGAUCUGAGAAGAAGAGACUUCCAUUCUGCUGCGGAUGGAUUCAGAUCUCUGCCUCUGCCCCUUCCUGGCUGUGCAACCAUGGGGAAGUACCUGACCUCUCUGAGCCUCAGUUUCUCCAUCUGUAAAUUAGACAUCUCAUACAGCUAUCGUGAGAAUAAGAUGAGUUCAUCUGGAGCUCAGUAAAGGUUAGUUCUUAUUGAAAUACGUGAAGGUGUGCGCCAGAGAGGGGGGAUUUGCCCGCUGGGUUCUGCCGCAUGGGAUGAAGUUCAGGUGACCAGAGGUAGGUGUAAACACAAUAAAUAAUAAAUCCUUGUAUCUUUACCCCA